AUGAAUCCCUUCAAACCCAACAACACAAGCAUUGACAUUGAACCAUCGACCAGAAGAGUGUCUUUUGCUGAAAACCACCCAAAUGAAGAAUUACAACCACACCAGCUCCAACCUAUAAACAACACUGUUCCCUUGCUGCUACAGCCAUCGUAUGCGAGAUCAAAGUCCAUGAUCUUCGAUGAACUGCGAAACUUUCGCAUCAGCCUCAAGUGGUGUGCCCUUGACCACUCUUCAUGCGUUGGAAAACUCGUAUCCUACAUCACUUUCAUCUUCUUCACCAUCCUUGUUCCUCUUCUCACCUCCAUCUUCGUUGAAGUCCCUUCCUCCUCACCAGAAGAUGACCCCUUCUCCUUCAACAAGCUUGUUCAACUGCCCGAAUCUGGCCUUGCCAUUAUUUCGUUCUUCACAAUUUCCAGUUUCUUCAGAAGGUAUGGCCUUAGGCAGCUUCUGUUCCUAGACGCUUUGCAAGAAGACACAACCUAUGUUCGACGCGGGUACACAAAGGAGCUUGAGAAGGCCUUCAGAUACUUGACAUACAUAAUCCUACCCUCCUUCUUGGUGGAGCUUGUCCACAAGAUCAUAUUCUUUUCAGCAGUUAAGAUUUCAGCCCCACACAUAAGACCUGGGUUCCCUCUCAACUCAAUAGUGUUUGUGUUGGUGUUGGUGUCUUGGGUGUACAGAACUGGGGUGUUCCUGUUGGUGUGUGUGCUCUUCAGACUCACAUGUGAGCUUCAGAAGCUUAGGUUUGAAGGGGUACACAAGCUGUUUGAAGGGUGUGGGUCUGAGGCAGGGGUGAUAUUCAAAGAGCAUGUGAGGAUCAGGAGACAGUUGUGGGUUACAAGUCACAGGUAUAGAUUCUUCAUCAUUGGAAUUGUGGUUACCAUCACUGUUAGUCAGUUGGGUGCUCUGCUCCUGGUUUUGGCUUCCAAGUCUGUUAAGACCUUCUUCAAUUCUGGUGAUCUUGUGAUUUGUUCAGCAGUGCAGCUAAGUGGCUUCUUCUUGUGCAUUCUGGGAGCAGCAAGAAUCACACAUAGAGCACAAGGAAUAGUGGCAAUUGCCACAAGAUGGCACAUGCUGGUGACUACUGCAUCUGCUGAAUCAGAGCAUUGCAAAGCUGAGGUGUCUGAGGGGCUAGCUAGUGACACUGAUUCUGAUGAUUCCUCACACAUACACGUAUCAGUGAUCCCACCACAACUUUCAUCUUUCCAAACCAGACAGACUUUAAUAACAUAUUUACAGCACAAUCAUGGUGGAAUAACUGUGUACGGGUAUUCACUUGAUCGAGGAUUGCUUCAUACUCUAUUUGCCUUUGAGUUCUCUCUAGUGCUCUGGAUUCUUAGUAAGGUGGUUGUCUUGUCCUAA